AUGAGUAACCGCGCUAGCAAACCAUGGCUGCCUCGAACAGCAGCCCCAGAAAUCAUAUUCUAUAACGCAAACGUUGUUGAUGCUGAAGCUGGCGAGAUCAUCCCAAAUUCUACCGUACAUAUCAAGAAUGGCCGCAUUGUUAGCGUAACAACCGGCGAUAUAACCACACCAAAUCCUGAAGCAAACACCGUGGACCUGGGGGGUCAAUACAUCUGUCCCGGCCUGAUUGACUGCCAUGUCCAUCUCACGGCAACACCUGGCUCGCCUUCGCUCAAGGAUAUGUUCUCCGCAAGCCCCAACACUAUCGCCUAUCGCACAGCAUUCGUCGCACGCGAGAUGCUCCUCCGAGGAUUCACCACUGCCCGUGAUACCGGUGGUGCCGACUUUGCUCUUCGCGAAGCCAUCACAGAAGGACUCGUCAUGGGUCCCAGACUCUUCAUAGCCGGCAAAGCACUCUCGCAAACCGGAGGCCACGGCGACAAGCGCGCAAAUUACGAAGGCGACGAGAUCAAAUGUUGCGGUGGACACUCGGUCAACCUGUCGCGCGUGUGCAAUGGCGUUCCAGAGUGCCUUAAUGCCGCUCGUGAUGAGCUUCGGCAGGGCGCCGACUUUAUCAAGAUCAUGUCGGGCGGUGGUGUUGCGUCGCCUUCAGAUGCCCUUGACAUGGUCCAGUUCACGGCAGAGGAAAUUCGUGCCAUUACGACUACUGCUAAGCAGUCGAAAACUUAUGUCACCGCGCAUGCGUAUAGUGUAGAGGCUAUUCGCCAUGCUGUUGACAAUGGGGUGAGGGGUAUUGAGCAUGGCAAUUUCAUUGAUGCAGAGACUGCGGCUUAUUGUGUCGGAUUGGGCGUUGUGUUUACCCCAACUUUGGUCACGUAUCACGGCAUGUCGCAGCCCCCAUUUGAUAAGUUUCUUGAUGAUGCUGGUCAGAUUAAAAACCGACAGGUGUUGGCAAGUGGACUGGACGCGUUGUCGAUUUUGAGCAAGGCUGGGGCUACGAUUUGCUACGGCUCUGACUUGUUGGCUGGUCUGCAUGUUCUCCAAAAUCAGGAAUUCUCAAUUCGGUCGAAGAUCUUGAGUGCGAAGGAGAUUCUGCAGUCUGCCACUGUUAACGCUGCUAAGUAUCUGGGGAUGGAGGGUCAGCUUGGAUGCAUCAAGAAAGGGAGCAUUGCGGAUAUGAUCAUUCUGGAGUCCAAUCCCCUCGAGGAUAUUACGGUUUUGGAUCACAUUCAGGAUAACUUGGUGGCGAUACUCAAGGAUGGGCGCAUUGUUUCCAAGAAGUCAAGUUGGCUGUCUGUUGAUCCUCUGUAUGACCCUUGCCAUGUUCAAUCUCUUUAA